CUGAAUAUCGUCCACCAUUUUAUCUCACGUCCUCCUGCCUUUUUUCUUCCUUUCUUCUUCCUCCAACCAGCCGCAAACUUCCAAGUCGUCUUCAGACUCCCACACUCUUUUAAACCUUCGCAGCUCAGCCCAGCUCGCGUCAGCCCAACGGCAACUUUCACUCUUUUAUCAAUCCGCUCUCUUCUCGGUAUUCGUGGUUUUUAGUAAUUCCAACUCUUCACCCACCAACAUAUUCAAGAUGCGUUCUACUACUUUCGCCUCUGCCUUGGCCUUUGCUGCCUCGGCCUUCGCCCAGACUCCCGGUUACGCCGUCCUCACCUCUCCCGCUGAUGGUCAGAAGGUCCCCUCUGGCCAGACCUUCACCAUCCAGUGGCAGCCUGGCCAAUACACUGGCCCUGCUACCAUCACCCUUCUCGGUGGUGAGACUCCUACCACUCUGACUCCUGGCCCGGUCCUCGCAACUGUUGAGGUUUCUCAGGGUACCUUCUCCUGGAAGGUUGACUGUGCGCUCGGCACCGACAAGACCUACGGUAUCAGGAUCUCCUCUGUUGCCAACUCUGCGACUUUCCAGUACAGCUUCCCGUUCGCCAUCGCUGGUCCAUCGUGCAGCUCCGGUGCUGGAGAGACUCCCAAGAGCAGCGCCUCGGUCGCUUCGGUCGCCUCUAGCAGCACUGCUGCUGGUGGCUACCCUACUGAGGGCUACCCUACCCAAGGUUACCCUACCUUGCCCAGCAGCAGCAGCAGCAGCAGCUCCGUCAUCAGCUCUACUAGCAGCUCUGCUCCUCCCUCUUACCCCACGGCUCCCCCGGCGUACCCUACUGCUCCCGCCCCUAGCAGCAGCAGCACCGUCGUCAGCAACACCACCAUCGUUGUCAGCACUCCCAAGGUCCCGACCUACCCUACUGCGGUCACCUCCGGCAACCUGUCCACCACCGUUCACGUUCCCACCUACCCCACGACCAUCAUCACCAGCUCCAGCUACUCCGUUGUGACCCCUGUCCCUAGCGCCAGCGUCACCACCUCGGCCCCCCCCUCCAUCCCCACCGCUGGUGCCAGCAACGUUGCUGCCGGCUCCCUGGCCUUGGUCGGUGGUCUUGCUUUCGCCCUCCUCGGCAUGUAAGGUGGAAUCGCAUCUGUUUUCCGUUCGCGAUGACGUUUUUAAUAAAUUUGGUUGUUUUGCCGGCGAGAGCAAGGGAUUGGAACUAAUGAACUAAUUGACCACAUACCGAGAUACCUUUCUGAGUGGCACCGGCUGUAGAUGCGGGCAUUAGGUUGGAUACGAUGGAUAUCGUCAUACCACUGAAUAUGUCAAUAUAGGCAGCUGCUGUACCUGAAUAUACCCCCUAAAAACUCAUUGUUCUUUGUCUUCGUGUGCACGUGAUGUUGAGCUGGAUACCUGUUAUUUACCU